CGCUAUUCUAUUUACCAUUGAGACAUUUCUAUCAGCCCUCUUUAUUUGUUUAUUAUCCAUUCCCGCCACAGAGCAACGGCGGAGCAAUGCCUCUGUGCUUCCUCUCCGUAUGUCCUCCUCCACCUCCACUCAUUACCUGCCACUUUUCCCCAAGCGCAGUGCGCGCUCCACCUGCUGUUUCAGCUCCAGCCCCAGCUUCAGCAGCUCCUUCUCGCUCGUUAAGCCCCAACGCAACCCCUCCGCCCUCGCUAACCUGCGCCCUCCACUGCCCACACUUCGAAUCGUGCUCCGGGUGUACCCACGAGUUCAAUCUCCACCGUCCGGUCAUCGUUGACGAGGCUACAGAGUUCUUCAAGGCCGUUGGAGUCUCAGAUUUUACAUUUGACAGUUGCAAACUGUGGGGAUGGAGGUGUCGGGCAAAAUUAGCCGUUCGUGGCUCAUCAGAAAACCCUCUGAUUGGGCUUUAUCAGGAGGGCACUCAUAAUGUAGUAGAUAUUCCUCAAUGCAAAGCUCAUCAUCCAAGUAUUAACGCCGCGGUGCAGCUGCUUAAACAAGGUAUUACUGAACUAAGCAUUGAGCCAUAUGAUGAAGAUGAGGGGACGGGUGAUUUACGUUAUGUGCAGAUGGCCGUGACAACACAUGAUACAUCUCUUCCUGCCUCUGAAAGAUAUAAAAAUGGUAAAGUGCAGGUAGCUUUAGUUUGGAACUCAAGAAAUGAAAAUUCCCCAAAUUCAGAAAAACUGAAUGCCUUGGCCAAUUUUAUAUGGAGAAAUGGUGGGACAAGAAGCAAAGUCAAUCUGGUUCACUCUGUAUGGGCCAACUUUCAGACAUCAACAAACAAUAUAAUUUUUGGGAACAGAUGGAGACAUCUUUUAGGAGAAAGAGACUUCUGGGAACAUGUUGGAGGAAUUGAUAUCUCCUUGGCUCCAUCCAGUUUUGGCCAAGCAAACACACGGGCUUUUGAUACCUUGCUCCGGAAGUUACAAAGGUAUGUCCCUCAAGGAUCAUCUGUAGCUGACUUGUAUGCAGGAGCUGGUGCAAUUGGAUUAUCAUUAGCUGUGACAAGAAAAUGCAGGUCUGUUAGGUGCAUCGAGAUUAACAAAGAAUCAAAACUAUCCUUUGAGAAGACAGUUGACCGGCUGCCAAACUUAGUAGAUAGCAGUAUCAGCUGGCAUCUUGCAGAUACUUCUAAAGAACCUCUUUCUUGGAUCACGGGAUCAGAUGUACUUGUUGUGGAUCCUCCUAGAAAGGGACUGGAUGCAUCUCUUGUUGAUGCAUUGCGGAGUAUAUCUUCAGCUGAGUAUAAAGCUAAGUCAUCCUCAGAGAGUUCAAGCUCAAAAGAAAAGGAUGAGAAGAGACCAUGGAUGCUCCGCGCAAGAGAAGCUUCAGUUCAGAUUGGGAGCAAAAUAACUUCAGAGGAUAGCAAAACAUUGCCUCGAACCCUUAUUUAUAUUAGUUGUGGAUGGGAAAGCUUCAAAGAGGAUUGCGAGUUGUUAUUGUCUAGCAAGGCAUGGAAGUUGGAAAAAGCCCAUGGAUAUAAUUUUUUCCCUGGAACCCAGAGCAUUGAGGUUUUAGCUGUGUUCAAGAGGGGCCAAGGUGUCAGCCUAAAGAAAAAGAAAUUAGGAAAGAAGAAGAAACGCUUGUGAAGAACUUUCAAUGUUGUAUUUUGCUGGGGUUAUUACUAGAAGAAGAGUAGGAUAAUCUAUCUAGUAGAGUGAGAAAAUAACAAAACCAAUACCUCUGUGUUGUUUUCCCUUUUGAAGGAUGGAAUUUUGUUCAUCAUCGACCGAGACAUGUGUGAUAUGAAUAGUUACAAGUGAAUGAAAUUGCAGAUUGUUGUGUAUCUACCUGACUCCUUUGGAAUUGGAUGAAAGAAUAAAUAAUUGAGUAAAAAAUAAUAAUAAAGAAAGCGAUGUCUUGCAUCAGGAAAGCUGCUAGUUCCGUUGGUUGAGGAGAAGACGUUUUCAGUUCCCCUUCUCUCUGCUUGUGGGUUUCGUGAGAUGUGGAAAGGCAUUCAAAAUGUUGUAAGCUAUUAAAUCCUGCCUGGUUAAGAUCCCAACAACGGGAGGCACCUAUAAAUGGAGCACACGUUGAGGUUAGUGAUAUUGGCCUUUACAAAUUUUAGUGUAUAACGAAAGACCAUCUUGAAUAAAUUUGCUCAAUGUACUGAAUGAAUAUGCUUAGGUGUAAGUAAGUUGUAACUCUAGUUAACAAGCGUAUGGUGUUUAGUAAAAUGAGAAUGCUUGAUCAACUUACCCCAGCUGCUUCAUACUUUGGCACAAUGAGCAAAUGACGGAGUCCCAGUUGUCUGAAAAGCACCAUAGCUUUUGCCACUGACAUGCUUUCCAUCACUGUAUAAGGUGUUGUAUUAGUGAGGGGAUGCAGAUCUACAUACAUCUCCAUUUCUUCACUUGUCACGGCCACCUCCUCGAUCUUUCCUUCCCUCUCAGCCAACUCAACCCAGGUAAAUUUCUCUCUCACUUCCCACUCCUCUGUUCUUCUUUUCUCUCUUUGGAACCAUUUCUUCUUCAGCACAUGAACAAGGUGAGCUCGAAGGAUUAGUCCAUGUACUUCUGUUGCCCCAACGGCCAAUCCUACUGGUGGCACCACUCCAUCAUCUAUAACAGGGAAACCAUUGUGUGUGGUGUUUCUCAGGACCUCCACAAUACGUUCCACUGUUUCAAUUCCACGAAGGGUGACUACUGGCAGCUUGGCAUCAGCAAGCUCACCUACGGUCAGAUUCCUCAUCCAUGGUUCUGGAUGUGCAUCCAAGAAAGGCAAACCUUUUAAAUGCAGUAUAAUCUCAUAGAUGCUUGGGUUGAAGCUGUCUCCUACUGUUUUAGCAAUUAGGAGGACAAUCAUUGUUAUGGGUAGUAAGAGGAGGUUGUUGGUGAGCUCAAGAAAUAUGACACAUAGUGAAACUGUCAUCCUCAUUGAUCCUGCCAUUAGAGAAGCUGCACCAAGAACAGCAAAAAGCCCCUGGUCAAUGCUCGUAUAGGAUUUCAUGGCGAUACCAAGCAUGCGGCCAUAAGCUGAGCCCAUAAGGAUGAUGGGGAGGAACAGUCCAGUUGGCACAGCAAUUCCAAAGGUAAACAAUCCUAAGAUGCAAUAAAGUGCGAAGAAGAUUAGGAGGGAGAUAGGAUGGUAUUCAGUGGAUGUGGUAGUUGAGAAGAUGUUUCGAACUGCAUCAUCAUUAGUGGCAAGGAGAAGAGUAGCCAGGUCAUUGUAGUGGCCAUCUGGGCAGUUGAAUUGUUUGAAGUUUCCAGACCCUUCAUUGGUGGGGCAGACAGACUCUGCAAGAGAGGAAUCACAGGGUGUGCAUUCGACGAGGAAAGGGAGACCAUAUAAGCAUGCAGAGGUAAAGAGUGAUACACUGAGACUGAGGAGGAGCUUGUGAACUUUACCCUUCCUGCCAAGAGAGUAAUUCAAGAAGUAAUUAUUACCAUCAAGUUGACAUCACAUUGUGUUGGUUGUCAAACAUGGAAUAACCAUUUCUUUCAGAUUACUAAAAGCAUGGUCAGCUGAGUAUAUUCUGGUGUUGGCUUAGCUUUGCAAGGUUACUUUACAUCCUAAAAUCCGCUUAUGUUUAUGACUACAAGAUUGAAGUUUGGAUUAGGUUGCUUACUGAUUUAUGAGAUUGUAUAGUCUGAGGAUCUUGUGGAGAAAAAAGUUGUACAGGCUUCCCAAAACUCCACCAAUAAUGCCAAUUACAACUACGGGGAUGAUAUCCAUCAUAUGGUACGUCACAGUAACAGUGCUUACAUCGAACAUGAUAAGCCCUCCUUUUCCAAAAAGCCCACAUCCCCCGGCAUUGCAUAUUUCAAUGAAAGUUCUAAGCACCAUGACCACAAUGGCUGUGCUGAAGAAAGUUCUCCAGAGAAGGGCACUCCUCCACCAUGUUGCCACCUCUUCAAGAGCAAACAGUACGCCACCCACAGGGGCUCGGAAAGCUGCACAUACCCCAGAGGCAGCGCCACAAGUAAUGAGAUCCCGGCGGUCACGGUCAUUAUUGAAGUAGCGGAGCCAGCGCCAUUUGAUACAGUGAUUGUCAGGUCCCCCUUGGCCUAGUAAGGAAGCAAUGCAGCUUCCAAUGUGCACUAGAGGUCCUUCUUUUCCAAGAUCUAGGCCUGCAGAGACAGCCCCAAUGCUUCCGAUUAUCUGCAACAUGAAAGUUUAUCAUGCCACUUAGCUUUAUAAACAGAAGAAAUUAAGUAAAAUCUCCCGUGUACAGUGUUAAGCAGUUUUAUUAUUUAGCUUUCUUUUUCUUUUUCAAUAUUGUAACUGAAUCUAAUUUUAAGAGUAGUUUAAUAGAGCAGUCACUUACUGAAAUUAUCUUGAGACAACAUUCAAUUUGCAAAAGCCAACCCACCUUGACAAUCAUUGUUGUAGCACCAAACAUAUUAGGAGUGUCCACUCCGUUUAGAUAAGCUUUGAUUUCAGGUAUACCGGGUCCGGCCGCAGUGGGUGCAAAACACACGCAGAGAACGGAAGCAACAGUGGUCAGUAGGAGAUUGGCCCCAGCUAAAUAGAUGAACCCCAUGAGGUGAAUAUAACAUUGAGAGUGUGGUUAGGAAUGCAACAAACCUCUCUUUCUCUAUGAAACUAACUGCGGCGAGAAGCUUGUAGCCAGCAAUAUUCUCAACUGCAAGGUUAAUGAGCGUGGCAAUUAUACCAGUUAAAAGUCCAACAAGGAAGGCGAGGAUCCAUUUCAAGAAUAUAUACUGCAAGACUUGGACUUUGGAUCUGCUUCUCCAGUCAUGCUUAAAGAGAUCAUUCUCGUUGAUCCUGCAUCAAACCAACUUCAAUUCAAUGUGAGGAUGAAGAGAACAAGGAUUUAGCAUUUGGGAGUUGCUUUUAAGUGAAACUAGAAAAUGGAAUGUGUUUUAGUUCUUACUCAUAGUCCAAGCUCUCUAUGUAGGAGACUUUUGCUCCAACUAUAGCCAGUGGACUGGAAGAGAGUGUCCGGUUUCUCCGGAGGAGUGGUUGGCUCAGUGAAAUGCUUUCUGGAUCUCUUUCUUCCCCAUCAUUAGAUUCUCCUUCCAUGUUGAGAGGAAUUGCAGCUGAUUCUGCUGCACAUUGGUUUGAAUUUUCCUCCAUCGAAACAAUGGAAGUUGCAGACACAGAGAGAGAGACACAGAGAGAGACAGAGACAGCUACUCUUAUUUGCUACGAAUGUUAGAUUGGCGAGAAGCUGUCAUGCAGUCCUAUCUAUGUAUCUUUAUAAAUAAAUACACAUAUAUUGACACUUGUUCGUUGUUGUACAUACAUGACAAUAGUGGCAUUACUCUAUGCAAUACAUAUACGAUGGCAUCUUCU